AUGUUGGAAUAUUUUUCCUAUAAAAAAUUCAAAAAGUCCAAGGAAGAAAAGGAUGCAAAGGAAGUCAAGAAGGACGACACAAAGACUGAAGCAGACGGAAAUAAACCCGUCGCAGAGAAAGAGGAUGGCAAGAAGGGCGAGAAUUCCGGCUCAUCUAUCCCCGAGUCUCAAGCUCAGAAGGCCGUCCUGAAACCUGAAGACGAGCGAUUCCUCGAAGAACUCCUCGCGCAGGAUACCGAUGGCCCUCCGCCACCGCUUCCCCCGCGCAUCUACACGUACGACGUAGAUUGGCAUUCAAGCGACGAGGCAUCCAUCGCCGAAUCAAAGAAAACCACUGAUGAUGAGAAAGAGGAGGCUGGGAAGACACCAGCUGCCGCAAAAAAGGAAGACGCUUCUGCAAAAGCCACCAACAAAGCAGACAAGGAAAAGGCAGAAAAGAAGCCCAACCGACUGUCGCUUCUAUUCACACGGAGCAAGAAGCCAGCGGACCACCCCAAGUCCAGCGACUCACUCAAACCAGAUGCCGAAGACGUCACGCCAAAGGAAGCCGAGCGCGAGAAGAAGGACCUCACCCGCGUUCUCGACCGGCUCAGUCUCUCCGCCAAGAACAACACAGUCGUCUCCGAGUCCAACGGCUCGUCUGACCUCCUCCAAAGAUUCACACAAGUCUUCAAAGACCUCGUCAACGGCGUGCCCACCGCCUAUGACGACCUCACCAAGUUGAUUGAGGACCGCGACGGCUCCAUCAAUAAGCUUUUCGACAAGCUGCCAGAUUCGCUGAAGAAGCUUGUCACGCAGCUCCCCGAUAAGCUGACUACGACGCUGGCUCCGGAACUUCUAGCCGCUGCUGCGGAGAGCCAGGGCAUCAAGGUGGUUGAAGGCGGCAUGAAGGGGACGGCCAAGAGGAUGCUGAUGGGGCAAAACCUGGCCGACUUGGUGAAGAGGCCUGGAGCGAUUGUCGGUAUGCUGAAGGCGAUUGUGGAGGUCUUGAAAACGAGGUGGCCGGCGUUCAUUGGCAUGAAUGUCAUUUGGAGCGUUGCUCUAAGCUUGCUCCUUGUUGUACUCUGGUACUGUUACAAACGCGGUCGCGAAGAACGAAUUCUCCGUGAGGCUGAGGCCGAAGCCGGAGCCAGUGCUGAAGUUGGCGCCAGUAGCGAAGCCGAUAGUCGACGGUUUGAGGAGCUCUCUGACGACUCUACCGGUGAAGAAUCUGGACAGAAGAAUGCAGACGCCGCGGAGGAGGCCGCAGAGGCCGCAGAAGCCAUACCGGUGAUCAUAACGUCACCAGAUGGGGAAGAACGAGCAUCGCCUGCACCGAAAGGAGCUUCGACACCAGAGAUGCCGCGGCUUGAUGCUUCAGAAGAGCAGAACAACCCCUAA